AUGGAGGUGGACCCGUCGCCGUCCCCGUCCCCGUCCCCGCCGCCAAUGUCGACGCCGGGCUACUUCGACCCUGAGUCCUCCCGCCUCCGGGAGGAGUACCGCCGCUACAGAAAGAGACUAUCUUCUUCAAACGACUCCCCAAUGUUGGGGACCUCAGUCUCCAGAUUCUCAGAAGCAAGGGCGUUGCGUGAUGGAAGCAGCAUACCUAGGCGGCCCAAUGCUGGUCUACUACUUGAAGAAGUCAAGCGGGAGGCUGCUGAUUAUUCCGACGUUGAUGGCUUGAAUGGACCGAAACUGCUGGAUGGUGGUUCAGGUAGGAAGGCGGCAAGAUCAACGUUGAAUCUAGUCAAGCUGGAGGACGAUAUGCCACGAGAAGGAGAAACAACUUUUACAGCGUUUGCAUCCCUUCUUGAUUCAGCAAUACAAGGAUUGAUGCCCUUCCCGGACGUGAUUUUACAAUUUGAGAGGACAUGUAGAAACGCUUCAGAGUCACUAAGGUAUGCCGCCACAGGAAAGGUUCGGAUGGUGGAGGAUAAACUUAUGCAGCAAAAAGCACAACUAUUACUGGAUGAAGCUGCUUCUUGGUCACUUCUUUGGUACCUCUAUGGGAAAGCAAAUGAAGAGCUUCCUGAAGGACUAUUCAUGUCACCAACUACAUCCCAUCAGGAGGCUUGCCGCUAUGUUGCAACAGAUCUUACAGCACAAUUGUGUCUGCGGAUUGUACUUUGGCUUGAAGGACUUGCUUCUGAAAGUCUUGAUUUGGAGAAAAAGGUGAGAGGAUCUCAUGUUGGUUCAUAUCUACCAAGUUCUGGUGUUUGGCAUCGUACACAGAGGUACCUAAAGAGAAGGAAUAAUGAUUCUAAUAUAGUGAAGCAUGUGGAUUUUGAUGCUCCAACUCGUGAAGUAGCCCAACUUCUUCCUGAUGACAAGAAGCAAGAUGAAUUGCUUUUAGAAGAUAUCUGGACUCUCUUGAGAGCUGGAAGAUUAGAAGAGGCAUGUGAAUUGUGCCGAUCUGCUGGACAGUCAUGGAGAGCUGCCACUCUUUGCCCCUUUGGUGGCAUAGAUCUGUUUCCUUCCCUGGAGGCCAUGCUCAAGAAUGGAAAUUCUAGAACACUACAAGCAAUUGAACUGGAAAGUGGUAUUGGACGGCAGUGGCGUCUUUGGAAAUGGGCAUCCUAUUGUGCUUCAGAGAAAAUUGCUGAACACGAUGGUGGCCAGUAUGAGAUGGCUGUAUAUGCUUUACAGUGCAGUAACUUGAAGCGUACCUUGCCAAUCUGUACUGACUGGGAGUCAGCUUGCUGGGCAAUGGCUAAAUCCUGGCUAGAUGUGAAAGUGGAUAUAGAAUUAUCUCAAUAUCAAACCAGCAGACCAGAAGAGAAAGAGUUUGAUGAUGAUAUGAAUGGAACCCAGCUUGGCCCAGAAAAUUGGCCAUAUCAUGUUCUUGAUCAGCAACCUCGUGAUAUAGCUGCACUUCUGCAGAAACUCCACUCAAGUGACCUUGUUCAUGAAACUGUUUCUCGAGCAUGUCGGGAGCAGCAUCGACAAAUUGAGAUGAAUCUCAUGAGUGGAAAUUUAGCUCAUCUUCUUGACCUUCUAUGGUCAUGGUUGUCUUCCAUCGAAGAGGGUCAAAACGUCUUGAGGUCCCGUGAUGAUUCCGACAUGAUACGUUUUGGGGCACAUAUUGUUCUUGUUUUGAGAUACCUUCUCAGCAAUGAAAUGGAAGACGAGUUUGAGGAAAAGCUGGUUACUGUCGGUGAUCUCAUCAUCAACAAGUACGUGAGAUACUUGUUUUCAGAGGGGCAGGAAGAGUUGGUUGGAGUAUAUGCCUCUCAGCUUGAACGUGAUGUUUGCAUUGAUUUGUUUGUGGACAUGAUGGAACUAAGGUUAAAUAGCAGCUUGCAUACCAUGUACAAACUUUUCCUCUCUGCUGUGGAGUAUUUGCCAUUCUCAUCUGGAGAUGCAUCCAAGGCUUGUUUUGAAGAGAUAAUUGAGAGAGUUCUUUCAAGGUCUCGAGAAACAAAACCCCAUCAGUACAAUGAAGAUUUUUCUGAUGUUGCGGAACAGCAUCACCUGCAAGCACUUCAGAAGGCAAUGAUCAUUCAGUGGCUUUGCUUCACACCACCAUCCUCAAUUCCAGGCUUUGAGACGAUCACAGGGAAACUUCUGAUACGGGCAUUGAUGCAUAGCAACACACUAUUCAGAGAGUUUUCCUUAAUAUCAAUGAGGAGAGUCCCUGAACUACCAGUAGGACCACAUAAGUUGCUUGCCAUCCUUGCCGAACCAUUGAAACAAAAGGAAAAUUUAUUUUCGCUGGAAGAUCAAGAGGUGUCUGAUAACUUAGAAGAGUUUGAAGAUUGGCAUGAAUAUUACUCCCUGGAUGCAACAUACCGGGGUUGGCUUAGAUGCGAGAUGGAGAAUUCGUCUGUUCCCCCUGAAAUGCUUUCGGCAGAAGAAAAGGAUCAAGCUGUUGCUGCAGCGACACAAACACUGGAGUUAGCAUUCUUGUUAUUAGAAAGGGAAGAGAGACCAUGGUUAAAUGCUGUCGAGACAAGCCCAUUUGAGUCAUCAGAGCUUGUUUUCCUUGAGUUGCAUGCAACGGCAAUACUCUGUCUACCUUCUGGGGAAUGCAUGACUCCAGAUGCAACAUCAUGCACGGCUCUGACUAGUGCACUUUAUUCAACUAUCAGCGAAGAGGAUGUGCUGCAUCGUCAGCUGAAGGUGGAAGUUAAGGUCUCGUCUAAAGAUCCUUGCUGUAUUGAAGUUGCGCUCCGUUGCUUAGCAACAGAAGGUGAUGGGUUUGGUCUUCAUGAAGCCAAUGAUGGAGGUCUUCUUGCUGCAAUUAUGGCCGCUGGCUUUAAAGGUGAACUCAAUCGGUUUCAACCUGGAGUUUCAAUGGAAAUUUCACGACUUGAUGCUUGGUAUUCUGAUUGUCAUGGUUCGGUUGAAAGUACUGCUGGUUAUAUCAUUCGAGGGCUUUGCCGAAGAUGCUGCCUGCCAGAAACAAUUCUACGAUCCAUGCAGGCAUCCAUCUCCCUUUCUGAAGCUGGCGAUUCUCUAGACCGUUGUGAUAAACUCAUUGAGUUAGUUGCUUCAUCAGAUUCUGGGAUGAUGCACUUGUUCAGCCAGCAGCAGUUACAGGAGUUCCUGAUUUUUGAGAGGGAGUGCUUCAUAUGUAAAAUGGAGCUUGAGGAGGAGGAGAGGCCUGCUGAUGGCUAA